CUCCACCUGUUGUCGCGGCCAACUCCUCGCGAAUUGCUCCCUACUAUCAAUGUCCAGCUCAUCUAACUACAGUUCGCUCUCGGGCGUACAGCUCGAGGAAGCUCGGCCUGCUGUAGACCAUCCGUCCAUGACGCUUGCCUUUGAUUCCGUCACAUUUGCCGUCGGCAAGGGCGAUGACUGCAAGACCAUUCUCGAUAGCGUGUCCGGCCUCGUCAAGCCUGGUGAGAUGCUGGCCAUCAUGGGCCCGUCCGGCGCCGGCAAGUCCUCGCUCCUUAACAUUCUCGCGGGCCGAGUCACCGAUGGCGUGCAGGGCUCGAUUGCCGUCAAUGGCCAGUCGCUACAGGAGCCGGACAUCCGCCGCCAUACCUCGUAUGUCAUGCAGGAGGACGCGCUCAUGGGCUCGCUCACCGUUCGCGAGACCCUAAACUACUCGGCCGAGUUUUCGCUCGAAGCCUCGGUCUCGCGCGAGGUCAAGACCGCCCGCAUCAACACCAUCCUCACCGAUCUCGGCCUCGACCGCGUUGCCGACUCCAAGGUCGGCAACAUCCUCAUCCGCGGCAUCUCCGGCGGUGAGCGUCGCCGCACCGCCAUCGGCGCCGAGCUUGUCUCCUCGCCGGCCCUGCUCUUUCUCGACGAGCCCACCUCCGGCCUCGACUCAGCCGCCUCCUUCCACGUCAUGUCCAUGAUGCGCCGCCUCGCCCGCACCCAGUCGCGGACCAUCGUCGCCUCCAUCCACCAGCCCUCCUCCGCUGUCUUCUCGCUCUUUGACCGUGUCCUCUUUCUCUCGGGCGGCAAGACCGCGUAUUUUGGCUCUGUUGAAAACCUGCCCGACUACCUGGGUAGCAUCGGCCUCGACCUGCCCAACUACGUCAACCUCGCCGAUUUUGUCCUCGACCACAUCAACGACGACUUUGCGCUCCCGGCCGCCUCAUCAGCCGCCGACCCAUACACCUACGAUGAGGCCAACUCGGUUCAUGAGCAGCAGCAAGACGAGUCCUCCUCUUCCUCCUCAUCGUCAUCCUCCUCUUCGCCGAGUCGACCGCUCAUCUCUUCGGUCUCCGCCCCUUACGCCCGCCUUCUCUCGGGCGCAGAGAUCGUGGCAAAGUUCCCCGAGUCGGACGCGUCGCAGUCUCUCAAGAGCGAGCUGCGGGCUGCCCAGCUUGCGCCGCUCGAGUCGGUGGCCUCGACUGCUUCGCAAGCUCGCACCAUGCACUACGCCCGCUCGCGGCUCUUCCAGACCAUGGUCCUCCUCAAGCGCAACAUGGUCAACGCUAUCCGCUACGUCGCCCUCUACUGGGUCCGUCUCGCCAUGUACCUCGCCCUUGCCCUUAUGAUCGGAACCGUCUGGCUCGACCUCGACAUCUCGAACCAGUCAGAGCUUCAGGACCGCCAGGGCGCACUCUUCUUCUCGGUCGCCUUUGUCGCCUUUAUGUCAGUUGCCUCGGCCCCGGCCUAUAUCGAGGACCGCAUCAUCUUUGAGCGCGAGCGCGCCAACGGCAAGUACUCCACCUUUGCGUACUGGGCCUCAUCGACCCUCAUCUCUUCGUUCUUUGUCUUUCUCAUCUCGCUCACCUUUGGCGCUACCGCGUUCUGGCUCAUGGGUCUUGACGACCGCUUUGAUCGCUUUGCUAUCUUCAUCGGCAUUGUUUACCUCGCCCUCCUCAUCGCCGAAGCCAUCAUCGCCUUCCUCUCCGCUCUCACCAAGUACUACAUCAUCGUCCUCGCUGUCGGCUCCAUGGUCAACGGCUUUGCCAUGACCUACCAGGGCUACUUUAUCGCCACAAAGUCGAUGCCGGCCUUCUUCCGCAACACCUUCCACUACAUGUCGUACCAAAAGUACUCGUUCGAGGCCCUGAUGUACAACGACCUCGAGGGCCGCAUCAUCAAUUGCGACGCCUCGCCGUCGUCGCCCACCGGUUGUUUCUGUGCCUUCCAGCCCUCCAACGCCUCGGCCUGCUCCUUCACCGGCAUGGACGUCCUCCGCCACUUUGGCUAUGAGGACACCAACAUCGGCCACUGGGUUGCCGUCCUCAUCGGCAUGCUCGUAUUCUUCCGCCUCCUCGCCUACCUCGCCCUCCGCUUCAUGCCCGUCAAGGUUUAAGCAACCAGACGCAAAUCUUAUCUGCAUCCCCACAUCCACAUUCACGUCCACAUGAACAUGAACAUACAUUCCCUA